CUGCCAGAUUGAUUCGGAGGUUGGUUUGGAGAGCGUGAAAGAUAUAGCUGCAGUUGAUGGAGUUGACUGCGUCAUGUUAGGCCCGUUGGGUCCGGGUCUGAGCCCAGAUAAGCUGAGGACGGCGGAAGAUGCCGUUUUGGAGUUGAAGGCUUCCCGUGGGCCUGGGAAAGGCCCGCAUCUAGCGGGGUUUCCUAGCUAUCGGAAUCUGCAAGAGGGUAGUGUUGAGCUCAAGAAGCGUGGGUACCAUUUGGUUUGUGGAUCUACGGAUGUCACGUUGUUUAGAGACGCCGCGCUAGCUUCCGUUAACAGCUUCAAGAGCUCAACUUCCGGGAGCUAGUAUUGAAACUUGAAAGUAUUGUUAGGACUUAGAAGGCUCAUGGUGUCUAUGCCCGGCUCCUAAUGCAGUUUCUAAAGUUCCAGUAGUUUUAUUUUAGUCUUAAAAUAAAAAGUAUUAAACAUACUAUUUCAAUUCUUACAAAUUUUUAAAUGAAUUUAACAUUAUCUCAUUGUUAAA